CGUUUUUCCCUCGUAUAAAUCCAUUAGUGCCGUGUUUGUUUUCUCAAAAAUUAGUUAAACUCUACUCCUAAUAAUGAAGCAUCAUCAUUUCAUUAUCAUCUCUCUUACCAUCCAAGGCCACAUAAAUCCCACUCUCCAACUCGCUAAAAACCUCUCACGCGCCGGUGUUCGCUGCACCUUCGUCACCACCGUUAAUGGCUUCAGCAAAUUGAACAACCUUCCGUCCAUCGACGGUUUGUUCUACGCCUCUAUCUCCGAUGGAAACGACGACGGCACAGCUAAAAUGGACUUCAGUGAUUACAUGAAACAGUUAAAGCGCGUGGGAUCGGAAAAUCUCAAAAAACUUAUCGAUAGAUAUGCCGGCGACGGUCACCCAGUUACUUGCUUAGUCUACACAUUUAUCUGGCCGUGGGUUGCAGAGGUGGCGCGUGAGAUUAACUUGCCGUCUGCUUUUCUAGUUAUUCAAUCUGCUACUGCUUUUGCGAUUUAUCACCAUUUAUUUAGCAUCAAUAACAAUGGAGUUUACAGCUCUACCAAUGAAAUUAACCUCUCGUUCCCAAUCAAAUUACCGGAAUUGCCUCUGCUUUUUCGCGAUGAUAUUCCGUCCUUUCUACUGCAGAAUGAUCCUUACUCUUCUUUCAUGAUCCCUGUAAUGAGAGAACACAUACAAAACCUCGAACACGAUACUAAUCCUCGUGUUCUCAUCAACACUUUCAACAAAUUAGAAGAGAAAUCAUUGAAAAUUAUCGAUAAAAUUGGGAUCUACUCCAUUGGACCUUUGAUUCCUUCGGCUUUUCUCGAUGGAAUUGAACUCGAAGAUAAGUCAUUCGGAUGCGAUUUGUUUGAGAAAUCUGAAACUUAUUGCCAGUGGCUGGAUUCGAAACUCGAAGGUUCGGUUGUUUACGUAGCAUUUGGAAGCAUAGCAACGGUGAAAGAGGAGCAAAAGGAAGAGGUUUUGCAGGGUUUAUUGGAAAGUGAAAUGCCAUUUUUAUGGGUAAUUAGAUCAAGCAAAGAAGAUGAUAAGAAGAAGAAUGAUGAAAUUUAUGGAUUGAAUGGAAAAGGGAUGAUUGUUCCUUGGUGUUCACAAAUGGAGGUACUUUUUCAUAAGUCAAUUGGGUGUUUCGUGAGUCACUGUGGAUGGAAUUCGACUUUAGAAAGCACGAUAGCUGGCGUUCCACUAAUUGGAGUCCCACAGUUAGCCGAUCAAUUUACGAACAUCAAGAUGGUGGAGGAGGUUUGGGGAACAGGAGUGAGAGCAAGAGUAGAAGAAGAAGGAGGAAUUGUGAAAAGAGAAGAGUUAAAGAGGUGUUUGGGAGUUUUAAUGGGAGAUGGAGAGAAAGGAAAUGAAAUCAGAAGGAAUGUGAAGAAAUAUAGAGAUUUGGCCAUGGAAGCUGUGAAAGUGGGAGGAUCUUCACAUAAUAAUUUGAACAAGUUUUUAGAGAGUUUGUGAGGUAAAUUCUACCUCAGACUCGAUUCGUGGAAUUACACAGUAUAUGUUAUUGUUAGGAAUCCAAAAAGACGGAGACAAUGAAGAAUUGACCAAAAUCCACAAACGCCAAUAAAGAUUUGGAGUUUCUUUGGCUUGUAAGGCAUUUCUAGUUCUUGGACUGAAUUGAUUUCUGAAUUUUGGUGCAUAAAGGGUAAUUUGUUGAAAUUAUUCAGCUAUUUUAGUUGAUGUAAUUUUGUAAGUUAUUUUAAUGUUAAAAGUAAGAUUGAAAAAUAUAUGAAUAAAUAUCAAAUUUCAGUUUAA